GCACAUCCUGUCUUCGUCACAGUACUUGGCCCCCACCAACGCGGACAUUGAUGCUGUGAUUCUAUACCAGACAUGCACCACGGCUCUCAUCUUAACCACAUCGUCAAUGUUCAGUCAAUCACGCAAACCUCCGCUGCGAACCUACAGCCGGCAGGAUCGCCGCUCUCUUCGCCCUGCCGAACCCCCGUCUCCUUCACCACCCGUACCACCCCCGAAACGGCGCCGCAUCGAUGACUUCUUUGCGAAAACCAGCACACAGUCGGUGUCCAGCCAAACGGUGACCUUGGAGAGCGGUGCGCGAAGUUCCUCGCCAGCUCGAUUGUCUGGAUUAGGUCGCUCGUCAUCACCAGGGAGAAAGUUCGCCUCGUCCCCCCCAUCAAGUCCUCCGCCCCGAGCUGCGACCCUCGCGCCCGCAAACGCCCCGCAAGAAAUGGGCGAGCUGGCCGCAAUACGAAAUGCGAUACCUUCUCCCACCGCGUUCGUUUCCAAUGAGGCAACGUCGUCCAACGAUCCAAUCCCCGCCCGAGGAAGGACGAAGUCUAGGACGUCCGGAAACAAACUCACCCAACUUACCCUGUCGCUGAGCACAGAAGAUGUGACGCGACUCUGCAAACUCUGUGGGAUGGAAUAUGUGCACACGUCGAAUGAAGACAGUGCGCUGCACAAGCGUUACUGCCGAAAACAUGGCCAGCAAGAGGAGACGGUGGGGGUGGAAGCCAGCAAGGCGUUCGUCGACGAGAUUGCUUCUCACCCGGAUGGAAAGGUCUUAUGGCGAGGGAGGGUUGUCCCGGGAGCCACAUCACAUGGCAAGACCAAGGAUGGCGGAGAGACCGUCAUUGUCGCCGUGCGAAGGAACGACACGCUGACGAUGCGACGGACGGUCCGUCGCGUCCUCGACGUCGUGUCUCGAGAACUAGGCACCGUCCACAUCGACGACGAGCGGUUGUGGGGAACGUUCGAACGGCCCUGUAUGCCACCUCUCAAGACGCAACCCAAGGAACCGCGGCCGGUGGCGCACCGAUCAGAAAAGCUCGACUUGAACGGCGAUUCCGCGCGGAAAAUCGCCGGCCCUAGUAAAGUAGACCGCUACAAAGCCUACCUGUAUCUUCACUUACCCUCCAGCCGCAUCGUCGGCUUCCUCCUCGCCGAACGCAUCACCUCCUGCAUCCACCUCCCAGUGACCAAGACCCUCCCCUCGUCCCUCCCCCCCCCUCGACGGCGCGCCGCCCUCCCAACCCCCCACGAAACCGCGCCGCCGUCACCCGCACAUAAUCCCCGCCGACCACGCCACAGCGCCCAUCUCGGCGUCCUCCUGCUCUACACCUCCCCCCAGUUCCGGCACCGCGCCGUCGCCGCGACGCUGCUACGGACGGCGCGCGAGAACUUCCUGUACGGCAUGGCAGUGCCGAGGGAGAGGGUCGCGUUCAGUCCGCUGACGGAGGCCGGGUGGGGCGUGGCACGGCGAUUUAUGGAGUGCGGACCGGGUGGGUCUGGCGUCGAUGAUAACCAAAGGGCAUCGAUAUCGGAGUCAGCGGAGGAAAAGGACGGGGAGGAGGAAGGGUGGAUAGGCGUGUAUGGAGGGUUUGGGGAGAAUCUGUAA